AAACAUGUGACCACCUCGGAACCAAUCGCAUAACGGGAUAGCUCAGAACAUUUGACUCCCUAGUUGGCCAAACUCUCUCUAAUAGACAGCGCUGCGUGAGACAUACCAGUGGCUCCUCCCAGUGGCCAGAAACUGUCAGUACAGGACGGACGUGCAGUAAACUAUUGGGUAGGAGACGAGGUCAUUACCGUGUUCACAGGGCCUGAGACAGACAGCUGUUCUCCUUCCGUGCCUGACAAACACACUUUAACUUUUCAAAACACCAUGAACAUGCCAAUAGUGCCGUUGAUCUUCUGGAAUUACUGAAAAUGCUCCAUGCGCGUUACUCUGUGAUAGAAGAUGGCGGAGUCGGAUGGCGUGGAUUUUGCUUCGAAAAAUCCACAGAGCAGUAUGGCUAACAAGAAUAGCACCCUGCGCUGUACAUUCUCGGCCUCAAGCCACAGUACCACCCUCCUCCAGGGCUUGUCGGUCUUGCGUGCUCAGGGCCAGCUACUUGACGUUGUGCUGGCCAUCAAUGAGGAGCGCUUCCAGGUCCACAGAGCUGUGCUGGCCGCUUGUAGUGAUUACUUCAGAGCAAUGUUUACUGGAGGCAUGAGGGAGUCGAAUCAAGAUACCAUUGAGCUGAAGGGUCUGUCCGCCCGUGGGCUGAAACAUAUCAUUGACUUUGCCUACAGUGCAGAAGUCACUUUAGACCUGGACUGUAUUCAGGAUGUCCUUGGGGCAGCAGUGUUUCUCCAGAUGGUCCCAGUCAUGGAGCUCUGCGAGGAGUUCCUCAAGUCAGCGAUGAGCGUGGAGACCUGCCUGCACAUCGGCCAGAUGGCCACUACCUUCAGCCUGUCUUCCCUCAAAGAGUCGGUGGAUGCCUUCACCUUCCGCCACUUCCUCCAAAUUGCAGAGGAGGAGGACUUUCUGCAUAUUCCCAUGGAGCGCCUCGUCUUCUUCCUGCAGAGCAACAAACUGAAGAACUGUAGCGAGAUCGACCUCUUCCAUGCCGCCAUCAGGUGGCUCCAGUAUGACGAGUCUCGCCGGGCUCAAGCCAGCGGUGUCCUCUGCCAUGUGCGCUUCCCCCUUAUGCGUUCCUCUGAGCUGGUGGACAGUGUUCAGACGGUGGACAUCAUGGUGGAGGAUGUGCUGUGCCGGCAGUAUCUCCUUGAGGCCUUCAAUUACCAGAUUCUUCCCUUCCGACAACAUGAGAUGCAGUCUUCACGGACACUCAUACGUUCGGACGUCCUGUCGGUCAUCACCUUUGGCGGGACACCCUACACUGACAACGACCGCACAGUGAGCACCAAGGUGUACCAUCUCCCUGACAUCGCUUCCCGCCAGUUCAAAGAGCUGACAGAGAUGGAGAUGGGGUGCAGCCACGCUUGCGUUGCCGUACUUGAUAACUUUGUGUACAUCGUUGGUGGACAGCACUUGCAGUACCGCAGCGGCGAGGGGGCGGUAGACAGCUGCUUCCGCUACGACCCACAUCUGAGCCAUUGGCUGCGCAUCCAACCUUUGCAGGAGGCUCGUAUCCAGUUUCAGCUCAACGUGGUGAAUGGACAGCUGUAUGCCACCGGAGGGCGCAAUCGAUCUGGCAGUCUGUCAUCUGUAGAGUGUUACUGCCCAAAGAAGAACGAGUGGACUAAUGUGGAACCAUUAAAACGCAGGAUUUGGGGACACGCAGGGACUCCCUGUGGACAAAAGCUGUAUAUCUCAGGGGGUUAUGGCAUCUCGUUGGAUGACAAGAAAACUCUUCACUGCUACGACCCAGCAUCAGACCAGUGGGACUUCAGAGCUCCCAUGAAUGAACCCAGAGUGUUGCAUGCCAUGAUCAGCACCAAGGAUCGAGUUUAUGCUCUGGGCGGUCGCAUGGACCACGUGGACCGUUGUUUUGAUGUGCUUGCGGUGGAGUAUUACAUUCCAGAGAAUGACCAGUGGACCACCGUCAGUCCCAUGAGAGCAGGGCAGUCUGAGGCGGGCUGCUGUUUACUGGACAGCAAGAUCUACAUCGUUGGCGGCUACAACUGGCACCUGAACAAUGUCACAAGCAUUGUGCAGGUGUACAACACAGAGACAGACGAGUGGGAGAGGGAUUUGCACUUCCCAGAAUCCUUUGCUGGCAUCGCUUGUACACCGAUUAUUAUUGCACAAAACACCACAACGCGAACCAUCUGACCUGUAACUGUGAAGAUUUUAUUCCGCGUGUGUGUGUGUGUGUGUGUGUGUGUGUGUGUGUGUGUGUGUGUGUGUG